GGUGGGUGACAGCUGGGCUCGCUGCGCUCCGCUCCAGUCUGGUAAGGAGCUUCAUCUCCAAAUAGGAUGACCGUCGGCUUUUGUGGAAGGUACUGCGCUCGUGCUCCGUAGCUAGUUCUGGGACACCGGGGUUUUGCUUCCGUCCGUUCAGCUCACACCUUGGGUUGCAGAAACGCCAGAAACGUUCGGGGGGGGUUAUUUCUUCUCUAGUGUGGAUUUCCGAUGGAUAUUCCGAUCUGAAGAGGUGUGAUUUUGAGCGCGGCAUGUAACAGAAAGAGGCGCAGGAGAAAAGUAGCGCUCGUAUUGUUGUUGUGAAUCGUCUGAACUGCUUUAAACAGCCGCGUCUCAUGGAUUACUAAAGGACAGAGCAUCUACUAUACCGAGGUGGAUCCAUUCAUGAGCUGAAGGCUGAGGAAAAUCUGUAGCAGAGGACCAGCAGCAGCGGCAGCAGCAGUGUUGGUGCGACCAUGAGGUCAGAGGCCUUGUUACUCUACUUCACGCUACUGCAAAUAGCCGGGGCGGGCUUCCCCGAAGACAGCGAGCCCAUUAGCAUCUCACACGGCAACUACACAAAGCAGUAUCCAGCAUUUGUAGGCCACAAACCUGGCAGGAACAACACACAGCGGCACAAACUGGACAUCCAGCUCAUCAUGAUCAUGAACAGGACGAUAUACAUUGCUGCCAGGGAUCACAUAUACACGGUGGAGACAGACACUGCCAACGGUGACGAGAUCUUUUUCAGUAAGAAAAUGACAUGGAAGUCCAGACAGGCAGACGUGGACACUUGCAGAAUGAAAGGGAAACACAAGGAUGAGUGUCACAAUUUCAUCAAAGUUCUCCUGCAGCAAAAUGAAGACACUUUGUUUGUUUGUGGAACAAAUGCUUUCAACCCCUCCUGCCGAACGUACAAGUUGGACACCUUGGAGGCUCUGGGAGAGGAGAUCAGUGGGAUGGCUCGCUGUCCAUACGACGCCAAGCAUGCCAACGUUGCCCUCUUCGCUGAUGGCAAGCUGUACUCGGCCACCGUAACAGACUUUCUGGCGAUCGAUGCGGUCAUCUAUCGCAGCCUAGGAGACAGCCCGACUCUGCGAACUGUCAAACACGACUCCAAGUGGCUGAAAGAGCCUUACUUCAUCCAGGCAGUCGAUUAUGGGGACUUCAUCUACUUCUUCUUUCGAGAAAUUGCAAUGGAGUACAACACGAUGGGAAAGGUGGUGUUUCCUCGAGUGGCCAGGGUCUGUAAGAACGACAGAGGGGGCUCACCUCGUGUCUUGGAGAAGCAGUGGACCUCCUUCAUGAAGUCUCGGAUGAACUGCUCCAUACCCGGCGACUCCCACUUCUACUUCAACAUCCUGCAGGCCGUGACAGACGUCAUCCACAUCAACGGGAGGGACGUGGUGAUGGCAACUUUCUCCACACCGUACAACAGUAUUCCAGGCUCGGCGGUGUGCGCCUACGACAUGGAGGAGGUGGCCAACACAUUCACCGGGCGUUUCAAAGAGCAGAAAUCCCCAGAUUCUACCUGGACCGCUUUUCCUGAGGAUAAGGUUCCCAAGCCAAGACCUGGCAACUGUGCCGGCACUCCACCAUCCAUGGAGAGGUACAAAGUAUCCAACGAGUUCCCCGAUGACACACUCAACUUCAUCAAGAUGCAUCCGCUGAUGGACGAGGCCGUGCCCUCCAUCGCUAAUAGGCCCUGGUUCCUCAAGACCAUGGUCCGGUAUCGUCUGACACGUAUUGUCGUGGACGGUGAGGCGGGUCCCCACAAGAACAACACGGUGGUCUUCCUGGGAUCUGAGAAAGGCAUCAUCCUCAAGUUCCUGGCCAAGGUGAACAAUGGCUUUCUCAACGAUAGCCUGUUCCUGGAGGAGCUCAACGUCUACAACCCUGACAAGUGCAGUAUAGAUGGUGUGGACGACAAGCGGAUUAUUGGCAUGCUGAUAGACAGCAAGAGUCAUUCUCUGUGGGUUGCGUUCACCUCCUGUGUGGUUAAAGUGCCACUGUCCCGCUGUGAAAGACAUGGAAGAUGCAAGAAGUCCUGUAUAGCCUCCAGAGACCCGUACUGUGGUUGGGUGUCAGAGGGAGCCUGCAGACAGGUGGUUGGCAACAUGAAAUCAGCCUUUGAGCAGGACGUGGAACAUGGUAACACAGAUGGCCUGGGAGACUGCCAAAAUACCUUUGUGGCACUCAACGACGUUCCUCCCAGUUACGAAGGUAAUGAAACAUUCAGGCAUGGCCACCAUCACCACCAUCACCACACCCUCACACUCCCCACCUCGGCCCUACCUGAGGCCGCCGAGGGCCCCCUGGGGCGGGGCCGCAUGGUGGAGCGGAAGGACCCCCCCAUGAGCUCAGACAAAGGGGAGGACCCCUACAUGGCCGUGCCCUCUCAGACCCAGCCUGAAGCCAAUGGUGUGAUCCGUGAGAGCUACCAGAAGGGUCGUGACCAGCUGGUUCCCGUGACCCUGUUGGCCAUCGCUGUCAUCCUAGCAUUUGCCAUGGGCGCCAUCUUCUCUGGCAUCAUUGUCUACUGUGUCUGCGACCACAGGCGGCGAGACGUAGACCUAACAGGCCGCAAAGAAAAGGACAGCCACCACCUCCACUCCCGCCGGGGAUCAAUGAACAGUGUGACUAAGCUGACGGGCCUGUUUGAGACCCAGGCCAAAGACGGGCGCCCUGAGGCGAUCCUCACCCCUUUGAUGCACAACGGGAGAAUGACACCAAACGGGAAGAUGCUGAUAAAAGCGGACCAGCACCACCUGGACCUCGCUGCUCUGCCAACGCCUGAGUCCACCCCCAUGCAGCCACGCCGCAAGCCCAGUCGUGGAAGCCGUGAGUGGGAAAGAAACCAGAACCUCAUUAACGCCUGCACCAAGGACAUGCCACACAUGGGCUCCCCGGUUAUAUCUACAGACCUGCCUCUGAGGGCGUCACCAGGUCACAUCCCCAGUGUGGUGGUGCUGCCUCUGCCACAGCAUCAGCACCAGCUCCAGCCACAUCUGCAGCCACACCAGCACUCCUACCAGCACGAAUAUGUGGAGCAGCCACACCACAGUGACAUGAGCAUGGGCCACAGUGUCAUGGAUGACCAGGGGGCCACCCUGGAGUACAAGACAGUGAAGAGCCCAUGUCACAACCUCAACAUGGUGGAUCCAGAUGGGGUGAUGCCGCCUCGCGUGCCCCAAAGAGAGGCCUCUCUCACCAUCCCCCCUGCUGUCCCACAGAUGGGCAAACGUCUGGAGGUGCACUCGUCAGUCUACGGUCUCCGGAAAGGAUCAGCGUCCGCUGCUUCCGGGUCCUCCGCCCUCAAGAAGCACAACACCAACUCCUCUAACUCCUCCCAUUUGGCGAGACAUCACAGCUUCAACCGUGUGGAGACUCCGCCGCCUGCACCUCAGAGGGUGGACUCCAUACAAAUGACAGCACAGGGAAUAUCUCUGUCACGGCAGCCUGGAAUGAGCUCCUAUGGUUCACUGCCUCGAACGGGCCUCAAAUAUCUCAAGCCUGAUGUCCCUCCCAAACCCUCUGUAGUCUCUCUCUCAACAAAAGUCAAGUCCAGUGACUCCUGCACAUAGUCAGCUUCUUCGCCAGUCAGUCCAAUGUGAACAAACAGUAGAUAAAAGGUUUUUCUGAGAGAGAAAAAAACAGGGAAUACUGUACAACUUGCAUCUCCUUUUAGUGUUUUUUGUUUGGUUUGUUUUUGGUGAAAUAUACAACACAUUUUUGUUCUUUUUUUUAAAGAAAGACUUUCUUUUUAUAUAAAUAUGUAAAUAUUAUACAAAUGGUUGUCGUCAUUUGUUGCAGUCACAGAGCUCAAGCUCUGGCUGGCUCCCAGUUCCUCUGUUAACACACAUGGGAACAUGUGCUACUGAAACAGAAGAUGACGUUUGUCCUGAAUAUUUCAUCCAACGGCACCCUGUAGCAUCCAAGACUUGUGGUUCUCUUUUUUGUGGUGUCUUUGGCCGCCGGGACGCGACACGACACUUCAUCAUGCUGGUAAAAGCACAUAAGAAGACAGCACGGGGAGAUGGGAGAAUAAUCGUUGUACAGUACCUUGAGGACUGGGGGAAUCUGAGUGUGCGGGCACUCAGAGGGACUGAAAGGACAGACAGCUGCCUGAGUUCUGUCUCAAACUGUGAAAAGCCUCUCAGUGUUACAGCAAUCAAGUCCUGUCUGGGUUUGACAGAAAGCCUGGGCCAGAAGAAUCCUCUACUGUACUGGUUACUGAAUAACACAUGACUGUUAAUACUAAUAGCUUGUUGUAUUUAUUUUUAUUAAGUGCUUUUGAAAAAACAAGACUGACUUUCUAGGCUCGGAGAGAGAUGGGAGAGAGGAGAGAUCUUUUAAUAAUAAUUAAUCAAGUGUGAGAAAGAAAAAAAAACGUUAUUUAAAGUCAUUAAACUGGAGCCAGUAGAACAUUCUUGAUGACUAAAGGUCCACUAGGUCUUACUGAGUGCUCAGUGGGACCUGCAGCUUGACAUAUAUGUGAAGAGGAGGAGAUAUUUAUUUAAACCGUGCCAGACAGGGACAUUUAACUUCAUGGACCAGAGUUUCCAUUGUUUUAAACCAAUCAUAAGAAGAAGAAAAAGAACUUCCUGAAUCUCACCAUGUCACUCCUCCAAUGAGCAAACCCCCCCCUCAAUCAGCACUGUGGUUUUGUGUGAGUCGGUAACGUUUGUCCUGAUUGGUUUCUGGCUUAAAGCUCACUGUUGCAUGUUGCAAAUAUAAAAUAACAGCUGCAGCAACAGUCCGGGAUCUGCAUACACACAUGAGAAAAGAAGCUGAAAGUGAACGGAGUGUCGGGACAUUAUCGUCUCUUCUACCGGGGUCACACACACGAGCAGGCGAAAGAGGAAAGUAUAAAAACAUCUGUAUUGCCUGCUUCUUUUUCCACAUGUAAAUUUGUGCCUUACACCCUAAAGUAGUGACAAUGUUUUCUUUACUAGCUGUUAACUUUGUCUCCUUGUAGUAUUUUUUAUUUUUCUUACGUCAUGAUAUUUCCCUGGUUUGAUAAAAAUGCAAUUAAAGAAUGUAGGUGUUAUUGUUGUAAUUCUGGUCCCUAGACAUAACACACGUACAGUUCAGAGGGCAGGGCGAAGGGAGGAUUCGCUUUCUUCUUUCCCUCGUCCCUUCUGACGCACACACUCAAACACACGCACAUGCAAACACACACACAUGCAUACACACUCAUCUUUGUGGUUCAUUUCUGAUUGUGCCAUUAAUGCGCUUAAAAAAAAAACCUUUAUGUUGUGCUGGCAGUGUUGAUGAUGACGUCGUGAGUGUUUUUUCAUUUUCUAUUUUAUACAAUUUAAGAGUCCUGGUAUUUGUUUUUACUUUUUUUUUUCUUCUGCUGUCUCUUUGUUUGGACUGACGGUUAAUUGACUGAUUAACUGAACGAUUAACAUUUGUUACUUGAGAAGGCAAAUGUACGUGUAUCUUUCUGGUGCACUGCAAUAAUAAUGCAACGACAACAUGAUAGCGGACGUACAGGAUGAGAUACUAACACACUUUUUGGCUUCUCGUGUGCAUCGUAACACUUAUUUGUUAGACAGUUGCAAAAGCAGGCUGGUUCCUGCGAAGAAAGUGGACAUUUUAAAAAACAACAUUAUUAAAAAUGUACAUUAUUUAACCCCCUUUUUUUAAAAAGACAAAACACAGUUUGAGAAGAUUAGAUAUGUUUUCAUUUUUUUUUGCUUCACUAACUCUCAUUAUCAAAGCCUUGAGAAUGGCUGAGAGUUCAACUAAUCCGACCUUUAUCUUCCUUUCGCGUCCUUUACUUGAGCAUUUUUAUUGCUCACCCCCCCCCACCCCCCUACACUUAAAUCAACGGAGCACUCCCUUAGUCAUGUAUGUGUAGAUACGCAAACGUUUUCUUGAUAUCAAGCAAUUUUCUGUUUCUCAACGGAAGAAAGCCAACUGUGUCUCAAUCCACAGCGAAUGUGAGAAAAGACAUGUGACCUGACUAACAUACAGUAUGUGUAGAUAAAUGCCCCUUUAGAAAUCCGGGGUCAAUUGAGACAGCUGUAGCCGUGAUUACUUCAAGCUAUGUAAUGAGGGCAAAUGACCCAGGGUUAGUAUGAAGGGGUGUGUUUACUUCAGACUUUUUAGAAUACCACUGCGUUGUCGACUGGUAACUGGGCACGAUGAGACCAUAUUUACACCCUCCAGUGUACUGAGGCAUGCGUGAACCAGCAACGUUCCCAGGCCGGAAAUAAUGCUGAUCUACAGCUAAAUAUUUCUUGUCCAGAAAAAGUUCAGCUGUGUCGACUUCUCGCCUUGGAGAAACUUCACGUCUGCACAAAAUGUGAGCAAGAAAAAUCUGUCCGGGGUCAAAAGGUUUAAACGUCCACACCCUGUGCAGAGGAGUGAGUUUUGUGUAGCUGUGGGUGCAUUUCUGAUUCUAAGAGCAUUUCGAUGUCAGAGUGAAGUUCGGCCGUUUUUUUUCUACGACGGGAUUGGGUUGGAGUGUGAAGGCUGCUGUGGACGGUGAGGUUCUUUGGUGUGUGCCUUUUUUUCGUCUUUCACCCUCGUUAUGAUUCACUGCGAUUAGAUGCAAAUCGACUCUCUUCUCGACUUCUCAACCUUUUGAACUUUGUAAGCUUGUAAGAUAUUGUGAUGUCACAAAGUUUUUUGCCCUACUCUCUCCACUUCCUUAACAUCUGAUUCACAGCUUAAUGUAUGUUGUAAAGACAAAAAACUCUUUAAUUUAAUGCAAAAUGUAAUUAAAAAAAAGAAAAUAAAAUUCAUGUCAUGAA